AUGGGCAUAGAAACGUGGAAGGUUUUCCCGAGCAUUCUCACGGAAUACCCGAAGCAUGGUGUUCCACUCCCUUGCUCGGAUCAAAACCCACGCUUGAAAUGCCCUGAGACGCGGUGGGCGAGAGAUUUUUGCCUCGCACAGGGUGGUAACUGCGAGUAUAAAAUAGAGGCACAUUUCGACUGUCUUGAGCAGUAUUAUCCACCAGAGAAGGUUAUGCAGUUGCGCAAGGCAUUUAAACCGAACACCUUGGACUACCCAACGAGCGACACGUACAUUCGUUAUCGACAUUUCUACAUUGGUGCCGGUUGGAUGGGGGGAAAGCGCGGGUGGGAAGGCACGGCGUAA